AAAGAAAACGCGUAAAUGCAGUAUGGUGAAAUCUACUCAACGGAUUCAGACAGUUUUCGUUGGAGGACAGCACACGUACCUUUCAGAGCGUCAGCAUGUGCGGGGGACCAUGAAAGCAUCCUCUUUCCUCUCUUCAGGACGUCUCUGACGUCGGUAACAGCAGAAACAGAAGCCAUGGAUGCUUCUAAGGAUGAAGCUGCCGCUGACUUUUGCCCUCGGUCAUAUCAGCUGGAGCUAUUCAACUGUGCCCUAAAGAAGAACUCUAUACUUGUCCUUGGCACUGGGUCAGGCAAAACUUUCAUCUCAAUCCUGCUAAUCAAAGAGCUAGGGCAUCAGAUUCGAGAGUCCCUUAAAGGAGGAAGCAAAAGAACUGUGUUUGUGGUGAACACAGUACCACUUGCAUAGGCAGCA